AUGGGCUACAAAAGGAAAACCAGCCAUGUCGUGGACACCGACGACAGGCUUCCAGACAAACGAAACAUCUUCUUUGCCCGCAUGGAGGAGAUUACUGUGUCACUGACCUGGCCUUCUACCAAGGACUGCGGGCUCCCCCCUCUCCUUCUCCGUGGCCAAUAUCCUCUCAAGCUCUGUCAGGUUCGUUGGGGAGCGUCACUGCACAGCUGUUUUCAGGCCUCUCAAGAGAUGUUCGACCGGUUUCAAGACGAUCUGGCUGGGCCACUCAAGGACAUUGAGAUACUUGUCCCGAAGCCACUCCUGCGUUGUCUUGGCUGUGUGCUUAGGGUUCUUGUCCUGUUGGAAGGUAAUGAGUUCGGCCACCCAGAGUGGCUGGACUUCCCUAGGAAGGGUAAUAAUGAGAGUUAUCACUACGCCAGGCGUCAGUACAACCUGCUGGACACUGACCACCUCCGUUACAAACAGCUCUAUAACUUUGACCGGGACAUGAACCGUACCGAGGACAAGUACGGCUGGCUGGCUGCACCACCGGCGUUUGUGAGUGCCAAGCACGAGGGAGACAAGGUGAUAGUGUUCGAGAGAGGCAACGUGCUGUUUCUGUUGAACUUCCACCCAACUAGGAGCCAGACCAACUACAGGGUGGCUGUGGCCUCGCCUGGGAAAUACACCAUCAAGCUGGACAGUGAUGAGGUGCAGUACGGAGGCCAUGGCAGACUGGACCACAACACAGAGUUUUUUACUGAACCACAGCCCUUCAACGAGAGAGACAACUCUAUGCUGGUGUACGUCCCCUGCAGGACAGCUCUGAUCCUGGGUAAUGACGACACCGAGUCCUGUUAUUAGAGCUCUGCUACUACUGACGCUCGCUACCAGCAGAAACAGACGCCCAGCUGGCGCCAACCUCAAGUGUUAUCAACCAAUCACUGUCCGUUUUUUUUU